CUGAACCCGUUCACGUCGCUGGUUGGUGUUCGUAUUCCAAACCACCCUUUUAUCAGGGACUUGGCACGAGCUUGCUCUGGACCACUGGCUCUGACAAGUGCUAACAUCAGCUCUCAGGCCAGCACGCUGACGGUUUCGGAAUUCCAAGAUCUGUGGCCUCAGUUGUCCUUAAUCAUCGAUGGAGGCCCAGUCGGGGACGUUCAGAGCCCGGAGUGUCGCUUGGGAUCAACUGUGGUUGAUUUAUCUGUGUCGGGGAAGUUCACCAUCAUUCGGCCUGGCUGCGCUCUGACAUCUACGGUUGAAAUCCUGACGCAGAAGUAUGGCUUGAUACCAGAAUCAUCUUAA